AUGGGAAGACCUACCCCUCGUGCAAAUCCUCACUCCGGAGAAUUGGAACGACACGUGGACAUGCUUCUCCAGCAAAACACCAUUUCCAUGGGCAACCCGGAAAUGAAAAUAGUGACAUACCUCGAUUACUGGCUACUUCCUGGUAUGAACACAAUGAUGGAUGACUACGAGCUCUCCUCAUCCACCCCGAUGAGUUCUCCUAGUAUAUUAACCAAGAGCUCCUUCCAGCUCUCCUCUUCUCCAGGGAACUGGGGGAUGUCCAACCAAGCAGAACCGACCCUUUCUGCAUUGUCACUUGGAACGUACCACAUCCCAGAGAACGUCCCACACCUGUAUCAAAUUCAAGAAGGCCUCCGUACAUGGUUGUAG